UCUACCUCUGGAGCUCGCACAAACCCCUCCGUCCCCCAUCUUCUGUUUACUACAGCGUAUAUGUAGCUUUAAUUACACUGUUGUUUGGUAACAACUUGGACCCCGCUGCUCUCUCUCUCCCUCUCCCCAUUUUUUCCUCCUGGCUCCGUAAAAACGCAGAGGAUCAUUCAUAAGGAAUGAGUGGGCUCCCUAAACGAUUGUUUUCUGGACUACUACACAUUCAGCGUACGGAGCUUUGUACCAGAGCCGCUACAGAAAUGUGGGGUAGUAAUGCGUGGCAGCUGUAGCCUCUGGUAUGGACAGCGGUGAGGGAGGAGGAGGGGAUGGAGGGGGAGGAGAGGAAAGAGAUGCUGACCUCAGUCCCCAGGCUUUAUCUCUUCCUCUCCUGACUCCGGCAGUCAUUUCUGAGCAGGGGUCAUCCUCUCAUACCUCUGCCAUGGCCCCUGCCAAAGAGCCCCUGACCCUGCCUCAGCAGGAGGAGGAGGGCGCAGAGGGGUCCCAGGCUAGAGAAGAGACCCAGGGAGGUGAGCAGAAAGGAGGCCGACGUUCGCAGGAGAAUGGAGUGUGUCAACAGCAAGGGAUGAAGGAAGACUUCGGGGAGGGAUAUUUGUCAGGGCAGAGGAAGGAAGAAGGGGAGGUGCAUGUAGGUGUGGGAGAGGCGUCAGUUUCAGGGGGCCUCUCAGCAGCCCUUAGCAGCAGAGGCGGAGAGGAGAAGGAAGAGGAGGAGGCCAUCUCAAACCAAAGCCAAACCAAAUCCAAAUGUUCUUUAUUACCUCAACAGAGCCAGCACAGCUCUUCUUCCAGCACUGCAAAGGCCAGUGGCACACUCGACAGCAAGAUAGCCGCCUCUCCAAAGCCCUCCCCUUUUCUUUCCACCUCUCCAAAGCACUUCACUUUUCCAUCCUCCUCUUCUGCCCUGCUGAGCGAGACAGAGGUAAAAGACAUUAAGGGAGAUCAGGGCUGGAUUUCUGGGUUUCCUCAGAGCUUUAAAUCCCAGCAGUCUAUUCUGGCUUUUCCACUGGCAGGUACGGAGCCUGCCAGUACACCUGCUGAGGAUGAUGGGCCGGCAGGGGUUCCUUACUCUUCCAUUUCCAAUGGAGAUGGUGCCAAAGCUCCAGAACCAAAUGACAGCCAGCUAGACACGGAAGUGGAUGAUGAGAGAGACAAAGAAGAAGAACAGAAAGAAGCUGUCCUUAAAAACCUCAACCAAGACCUCUCUCCUAAUUCACUUACUAGUCACAUGACCAUAAUGCACUCACGCAAUUCCUGCAAGACGCUGAAAUGCCCGAAGUGUAACUGGCACUAUAAGUCUCAGCAUACACUGCAAGUCCACAUGAAAGAAAAACAUCCGGAAACGGAAGGCCAGUGUGUGUGUGGCGCCUCUGGGGGAAAGUGUGUGUGUGGCGGUGUAACACGAGGUGUUUGUGGAUAUUGCAGUUCGGGGAAACCCCAUCCUCGCUUGGCCCGUGGUGAAACCUACGCCUGUGGCUACAAGCCCUACCGCUGUGAGGUGUGUGACUAUGCUACCUCAUCGAAAGGCAACCUGAGCAUACACAUGCAGUCAGAUAAACACCUUAAUAAUGUACAGAAUGGGGGACACUCGAAUGGUCACAUGCAUGCCUCUCACACAACCAACAAUAGCAGCCCCUCCAACGGUCACGCAGUGGAUGAGCCUGCAUACAAGCUCCCGCUCUCUAUUCCCACGCCUAUUACUCAGCCCACCAAGCUCACACCACCUGCACACUCUCACUCUCAUGGUAAGCGGUGGCGGUGUGACGUGUGCGACUAUGAGACCAGCAUUGCCCGCAACCUGCGCAUACACACCACCAGCGAGAAACACACACAUAACAUGCUACGGAUCCAGAGAGGUUACUAUCUGUCUCACUGCAGGAGCCUUGCCCCGCAUCUUAAACACCUUCAAAACACAGGUGCAGAGCUCUCCUUAAACAUGCGACUGACCAGUCAACAAGUCGCAGAACAGACAGUCACCAUUGGGUCUACACUGACUCCAUCUCCGUCCCCCUCCCCCUCCCCUCCUCCAGCCCCAUGUCUCUCCCCUACUGGACCCCUCUCCCAGGGCGUGUUUCAAUGCCUUGUCUGCUCCUGCUUUUCUUCCGACAGCUUAGAGUCUAUGGAGCAGCACCUGAACGCCCCCCGCUCUCUGCCCCAAUCUGAGUGGUGCUCCCUGGUCGCUGGUGGCUGCCACUGCAGGCUGUGUGGCUACACCACCCCGCUGAGGGCUAACUUCUCCUUGCACUGCCAGACUGACAGACACCGCACCCGGUACCAGCUUGCUGCUCACCUCCAGGAAGGUGGAGAUAGGGGUCAGGAGGGGGCCGCCCUUAUUGCUAAGGGCAACCCCGUCCAGCUGAGGUGCAACCUGUGUGACUACGUGACCGGCAGCUUGGAGAAGCUACGAGGACAUUCCCUCAGUUCACACCACGAGGCCAGCGUCCGGGUUUACGGAUUCCUGCAGCAGUAUGAUGGUGAGGUUGAUGGAGGUUCGUGGCUGUUCCAUUGUCUCCUAUGCAACCACUCCUCCUCUUCUAAACUCCAAGUUCUGAAACACAGUCAAACCCCAAACCAUCAGCAGAGGGAAGGCCUACUUCAGCUGCAGCCAAUGGGUGGAGAGGAGCUGGCAGCCAUUUUUACCAUCAGAAAAAGUCCUGAUGGUGACACAGGAGAGCUCAGUGAUGAUAUGGAAACUUCCAGUGAGACCACCACUGGUCCUUUGGACACAACCAAAGACACAUGCAACUUGGGAGUGAAGCAGAUUCCUGAGGAGACAGAAGAAGCUAGGGGGGAGGAAAGGAAAGAGUCAUUGCCCCCAGUCAAGCGUCCAUCCUCUGGAUGCGAGGAAAUUGAAAAUUCCAUCUUAACCAAACGCCCCAGAAUACACCAGCAAAAUGAGAACCAGCAGACUGUCCAGUGCCCUUUGUGCCAGGUUAAACUCUCACACACACACCUUCAACAGCAUCUCACACAUGUGCACAGUGUGGCGCAGGACUGUGUAGACAAGCUCAUCAGCACAGUCGCACCAUCCUUGGAACAACCGCAGCCUCAGCUGCAGACGGAACAGACAGAGUUGUGCACAGAUGAUACUUAUAAAAACAAAAACACCAAGAAUAACAAAGGCAUUUCAGUGGAGAACACUGAGGGAGAUGUAGCCGCACCCAAAGAUGUCACAGCUCUACUUACCCCACCCCUAGAAGACAACACCACUCACCCUUCCAAUGGCAGACUGGCUCCUCAGUCCCCAACUCAGAUACCACCCUCCUCCCCACCCCCCUCCCCAUCCAGUGACCCCCCACCCCUUUCUGAUCGCCAUGGUUACCGGUUCCGUUGCAGCAGGUGCAGCCUGGCGUUCCCCACUCAGGAGAAGCUCCAGCUGCACUGGCAGUACCAUGCCAUGAGGGCGGCGACAGAGUGUCCCCUCUGUUCUAGACAAUGCCGCAGUCAGGAGGCCCUGCAGAGACACAUGCAGAACACACACUACCAGCUGGAGAAUGCACAGGGGCAGAAUACACUCUUACUGCCUCACACUGGGCAAGACAUGGAGCAUAAUAAGAGUUUAGUUGAACAAGAUUUUAGUUUAUCACCUCUAGCAGGUCAAGAAGCAGGAGAGGAUGAGGAUGAAGAGAUAGAAGAAGAUGCACUUGGCAUGGAGGGGAAGGAGGAACAAAAAGAAAAAGUUACUUUUAAAGAGAAGGACAAGGUUGGUGAUGUUAAUGGAGGUGAGGAGGAUUUAGCUGAGCAAGAGAAAGGGCCACAUGAGGAGAUCAUAUCAGAACCUAGUUCCAGCUCUCUUGUCAAAAAGAGCGCCAACCCCACAAUGGACCGCUAUCUGGAUCCAACCAGGCCUUAUAAAUGCACCAUAUGCUCUGAAUCUUUUACCCAGAAAACCAUUCUUCUGGUUCACUAUAACUCUGUGUCCCAUCUCCACCGGGCCAGACGAGCCUUGCAAGACUCUGGCACAGGUGUUGCUGUAUCCGAGUCUCCCCGUGGCCCAGAUCCUAGACCCUACCGAUGCAGAUUGUGUGGAGUGGGCUAUAGCCAGAGCUCCACACUCGACAUUCAUCUUCGCUCUGUCCUUCAUCAGACCAGAGCUCGUGCUGCCCAAAACUCAGUUCCACCGACCCCAGCAUCUAGUGUAGCUGCUCCAGUGUCAGUCCCCACUACUGCUACUCAGGCUGCUACCACCAGAGAAGAAACAUCCAAGAGUUUGCUUUUCACCAAGAGGCCAGACAUAGUAAAGUCUUCAACCUCUUCGCUACUAGGGCUGAGCUUACCAGCCGAGGCCCAGCCAACCCUUUCUAAUUCAACUGACGGCCAACAGGCUAAAAAGAGAGUGGCAGAGCUGCUAGCAUCAAGAAACCAGUUAAUGCUAAUACAACAGCAGCAGUUAGCCCAGGCUCAGGCACAGGCCCAAGCUCAGCUGCAACAACACACAGCUCUGCUGCAGUCCCAAAUGAUACAACACCUUCCCUUGGGGCCAGAGAAUCUCCUUAAACAACACUUUCCACUGGCACCAGACAACCUGCUCUCUCUGCAGCAGCAAAUUCUUCUUCCCUUUUACUUGUCAGGAGACAUGAAGCUUAACCCAGAGUUAGCUGUUAAGAGCCCAGAACUUAGUCAGUUAGUAUCUGCUAACUCCAGCCCAAAAGAACACAUUAAGGCAGAAGCUAAAAGAGGCUCCCAACCCCGAUUAGAUCAGAAGCAAACCCAGAGGCAAAGUUCAAGCUCAGCUGUUAGCCAACCAAAGGAUCAUGUGCAGUGUGAAGCCAAGAUUGAAGCAGGCUGCAGUGGAUCCCCAGUCAACCAGACAGAAAGAGAACACAACAAUUCUAGUCUCGAGGAAGAAAAAGAAGAAAUGCCUGUUCUUACUGUUAAAAAUGAGAGUCAGAAGGAGGAAACAGAUUCCUCCUUAUUUAAUCUUCUUGGAUUGCAGUGUCCUCCUCCCAGAGUGCCCUAUGCUGCUGUUAAUGGUGAGCCUCUUAGAGCCCUGCUGCAGAGUUAUGGCUUUGAGUUAGCACUGCAAUAUAUACAAAGUAGACACAGACACCAGCAGCAGAUAUCAACUUGUAUGAUACCAGGUAAACAAGAGUGCUCUGAUAUCAACAAGAUGGAGGUGUGCUCAAAGGAGGAAAGAGAUGAGUUUAGUGGACUACAGGAUGGAAAGAUGGAAGUCUGUAAAAAGGAUAACAAAGAAGAAGAGAAUGGUGAGAGAGAAAACUUGCCACAAGAGAAAAAGCAGAACAAAGAUGAGGAAUCAAACACAGAGAAAAAAUGCUGUGGAUUAGGAGAAAAGUGUAGAGACUGUGGCAAGGUUUUUUCAGAUACCUUGAUUUUAAAAAGCCACCGGGAGUACAUUCACAGGAUGCUGUUUCCCACUGAAGCUCUGGAGAGGUUUUCCAGAGAAUACAGGCUGCAGUAUGACCAGAUGUACCCCCUCACACAGCCUAAAUCUGGGGAGAAUUCAACUGCUUGCUCUCAUGCUGCAGCCCCAGUCCCAUUCUCUGAAUCAGAACCAGCACUGGAGUCACUUAAGCCUCAAUUUAAAACCCUUGCACCCUCUCCUGUACCCUCAGCUUUAGAUCCCAUAACCAAAACAUGCACUCCAGAUACAGACCUAACACCAACUGCCCCUGCACCUUCUUCUCCUCCAUUUCCUUCUCAACUUCAAGAAUGUCUACAACAAGACGCACCCCUCCCAAGCACAUCUGCUACAGCUACUUGUCAAACCCCAUCCCCAGCUACGUCCAUACCUCUUCCCUUACCUAAAAUACCUAUGCUUCCUCUUCCUUUGCCCCAGCUUUCUAUACCUCCAUUGCCUUUACCUAAACUUACCCUACCCCCCAUCCCUUUUCCCAUGGAUCUGCCUCUCCUCUCUCCGGUUAUGAUGCAGUCUGUGGCUCUCCAUCCCCAAUCCUGGUUAGACUCAACUGUGAACCCUGAAUUGGCAAAUCUCUACCAAUCUCAACUCAGCUCGGCACUGCUAGGGCAACAGCCACAGCUUAGUCCAGCUUUGCUAGCCCAGCAACCCCAGCACAGCCCAGCUUUACAAGGUCAGCCUCCACAGGUUAAUCCUGCACUGCUGGGCCAACCAUCCCAACCCAGCCCCGUCCAAACAGGACAGCAACCACAAGUCAGCCCAGCCAUACUUGAACAGGGUAGAAGAACCCGAACCCGAAUCUCUGAGGAUCAACUGACUGUUCUGAGGAAACACUUUGAUAUUAACAGCCUCCCGAGUGAUGAAGAGAUCAACAAGAUGUCUGCUCUGUCUGGUCUACCUCAUAAAGUCAUCAAACACUGGUUCCGUAACACCCUAUUUAAAGAGCGCCAGCGAGACAAGGAUUCCCCUUACAAUUUUAAUAACCCCCCAACCAUAUCCCUGGAAGAGUCCAGAGAGGAAGUAGGACAGCACCAGCCUUUGACACUUUCCCCAUGUUCACUUUCCCCGGUCCUUGUUGCCAACAUUUCCCCACAGCCCCAGAUAACAGACCACCAGAGAGGAGAGCCCCAUAAGUGCCGACGCUCUUCUCGAACUCGCUUCACGGAGCAACAGCUGGAGAACCUGCAGAGGGUGUUUGAGGCGACUCCCUACCCCAGAGAGGAAGAAUAUGACAGGUUGUCUGCUCUGUUAUCCCUCCCUAACAGAGUCAUUGUUGUAUGGUUCCAAAAUGCUAGACAGAGAGCCCGCAAAAAUCAAGACCGGGGGACAGACGAUAGAUUGGAGGGGAAGAACCAGCUUGAUAACACUCCCAGACAGAGAAAUGGCUGUUACAAGAAUGAUGAUAAUGAGGAUAACAGCUGUGGGGAUGAAGGACAAGAUGAAUCUCAGAAUGAAAAUUCCAUGGAUCUGACUUAUGAGUAUUACAACCACCCAGACUCACCUGCUCUUGAUUCUUCCUUUAUAGAAAGUGAGCAUCCAACAGCCAAAGGUGAGCUAACACCUGUUACUAGGAAACAAGAAGAUGGAACAAUCUCUCCUCAGGCUAACAAGAGCCCAGCUCAUAUUCAAACUAAAAAUGGAAUUUCAGAUGCAGACAUCCAGCAUAAGGAAAUUGUUCAGGCCAUGAAAACAGGGUCUUAUCCACAACCUGAGCCCAAUCUGCUGUCAGAAAGUACUCCAGACAGACCCCAGCCUUGCUCUUCCUCCUCAGUACCCACCGUCCUGUCCAUGGGUCAUUCCAGCCAGGGGCUUACUCACAUCUCUCCUUCUGAUCAAGCUGUUGAAAAGCCUGCUGAUACAUCACCCAGCAUUCCUGCUGCUCCAGAGUCUGAAACAAGCCACACUCUGCUUCCUGAUCCCACCUCUGGCCUAUCCACUGAAACCCAACCAAAAAGCCAGCUCCAACCUCAAACCCGAGCUCAGUUCCAGUGCAGUCUCUGUCCAAUGUCCUUGCCAUCAUUCCAACUAUGGCAGGAGCAUCAGACCAGGCACCUCCUGGCAGCUCAGUCCCAGGUCCAAUUUCUCCACUCUGGCUUUACAGACCGAACCAUGCCUUACAUGAUGCUUCACCCCAACCACACCCUAAUGGCCAGCCAAAUGCUUUCCAGCGCUAUGUCCCAGAUGCACUCUAAUCCCACACAUCCCAUGAUUUCACACCUAAACAGUAUACAAAUUAAGAAUGCUCUGUCUGAGUACUCCAGUAACACCCUCACCAGUCUCUCUCAAAGUUCCUUGACACCCAUGAAGCAGAGUUCAAAGCUUAUGCCAGAGACCAAUUUUGAAGUCCAAAGGGGCGGUAGAGAGGCUGAGGAGGAGCACCGAAGGGAUAAGCGUCAGAGAACCACCAUCACCCCAGAACAGCUGGAAGUGUUGUACCAGCGUUACAGCUUGGACUCGAACCCCACCAGAGGAGUCCUGGAAAGCAUUGCACGUGAUGUAGGCCUCUCAAGACGUGUGGUUCAGGUCUGGUUUCAGAAUACACGAGCCAGAGAGAGAAAAGGACAGUUCCGGUCAAUGGGGCCAGGAUCCAGUUUCAGCUUGGGUUUCAACCACCUGCGCUGCCCAUUCUGCAGGGCUCUCUUCAAGGUAAAGAGUGCAUUGGAUGCCCAUAUGAGGUCACGCCACUGGGCGGAGGCUGAAAGAGCAGGCUAUAGCUUAUCAAUGGGUAAUGGAUCCAAUGGGCAGAUUGGAAUGGCUACAUCAUCUGUCAUGGACAGACCAGGCCCAUCUCUCUCCACCAACCCUAUCCUAAACCAUGGCCAUAUCACCAACAAAGAGUUGGCUGUGAUGCCACCUGUGACAUAUUUUUCUUCAACCACUGAUCUGAACAACACGGAAGAGGAUGAUGACUAUGAGGAAGAUGAUGAGGAGUAUCCAUGUGAAGAGGGUUCCAGUAUGGCUGACCAGGGGUCUCCUAGUCCUGAGGGAUCUGGGGGUCCAAGCUCAGAUUGGGGUGAGACCCAAACUUUGCAGCAGCACCACCAUCAGCAGCAGCGCCAAAGGACGCAGAUGAGCCACUUUCAAGUACUUCAGCUAAGAGACUUUUACAGGAGCCACCGCACCCCCAAACGACAUGAGUGUGAGGCACUAGGCCAGGAGUUGGGACUGCCUCACCGUGUGGUUCAGGUGUGGUUCCAGAAUGCCAGAGCCAAGGAGAAGAGGGCCAGGAGCCUCAGCUCUGACUCUGCAGAGAGGGAGCAGGCCGAGCUGUCCGCAGGGGCAGGGGAGAGAGACAGAGCUUAGAGAGGCAGCCUAUGGCCACCUUUCUUUCAUACUACUAUAUUCUCCCCAUAACCCUUCAUGUACCUGCUGUCGACCUCUAGACCUAUACCCUGUCCACUUUGCUGCCAAACCUUCAACCUGAACACCCCAAAGAUGCUGAGCCACAGUGGCCCAAAGAGAAACUCUCUCAACUGAAAGUAGGAGAGAGCCCAAAACAAGUCAUCUCUACCACAGCUUUCCACUUUUCAUAUUGUUUUUAAACUCUUUCCUGGUCUGUCCUUUCUUGUUGAAAAGAGCUCCUCUCCCUAUUCCGUCAGACACCUUACUACAACCAAACACCACCUUGAUACAACCAACCAGAUGCCACAGAGGCCAAAGAGCAUUCUCCAAGUAUGUGACCUCACUGCCCAGCUAGACCUGCAGUCUACCUCUCAGUCUGCAUGACAGACUAACAGUGGGGCCUCCACCAGACAGUGCUAGAUGACUAGCUGUGUAGCAUGUAGUGCCAGUCUAUAAGAGGCUGGAAAAUAAAUUGUCAAAGAGAUUUUAGUGUAAAUAGAGAGCUCAAAAAGAUAAACUUGAAGAAAAACAAAGCAGUUAACUGUGGAAGAAGAUGAUGAAAAAAACAACUGAAAAAUAUCCUUGAAAUAGAAGGAGGUAUUCGCGUAGAGCUUUUGUAAAGACUGACUCAGAUUCCAAAGCUCGUAACCAAAAUUUUACAUGUCUGUGGAUUUAGUUUCAACAUGUUUGUUUUCAAUAACAAACUGCAGAGCUGACGUCUGUAUGGUGAAUGGGUAAGAUCUGCAGCUGGCAUAGGUAAGCAGAGUACCAAUAGACUGAUACUGUGCUAGAAUGCAGCUUCACCCUCCACAAGCCAAUGAUGAGUCUUCUGUUGUACAUGUACACCUUCUAUGUUCCUUUAGUGGAUAACAGCCCAAAUAGCACAGAACGUAAAGGCCAGUUUGUCCUGAAAGGGGCAAACUAUUUUUUUAUAGCACUCAACCAUUAAACUGUAUAUGAAAACUUUAACCAAACUCAAAUUUACAUUGUGUGUGUUUAGUAAUAGUUUCUUAAUAUAAAUCUUACGGAUUGAGAUAAACUGUCUUGCUUCGAUAUAAUAGUGUCAUGAUUGUGAAAAGAUUAUGACAGCUUUGAUAUGUUCAGGCAAGGUGACUUACUGCCUUUCCGUUCUAUUUGAAUAUACCAAUGGCUGACCAAUGUUAUGUGAUUAAUGUAAAGCUUUCUAUGCUCAGGUCAACAGCUCAACAUGGCUCCAUUUCAGAUGUGAUCUUAAUACUGUUCUGUUUUUAAAACAGAAGAGGCAUGGUUUAACCUUGGACUAAGUAUUAAAUAUAUAUACAACAACAUCUCUGUAUUUCAAAGAUCUGAGCUUUUCACCUCUGAGUAAUAGAUUGUUACAAAAACCUUAUUGAAACUAAAGUGUUUAAUAGUGUGAGGGGUAAAUGUACAGUAUUUAGCUUUUGUAUGGUUGACUCAAGACUUCAUUGGAUGAUUGAGACAUGGCUCCCUUUUCCACUUACAGACAGGGAGCUACUGCGCAAAGCUGAGAAAAACUUCGGAUGUUAUUGAUGUUAUUUUUGUACACUUAAUUUAUUUUCCCUCUUUCUCCCUCCCUACCUACUUUCCUAUUUUUCUCUCUACCUUUCUUCCUGUCUUCAUUUGCAACCAGUCCUUAUUCUAACUGUAAUAAUGAUAAUAUAACAAUAAUAGCUAAACAAUAAUUAAUGCUUUAAGACAAAAAUCCAAAGACGUGAUAAUACUUUAACCAUAUGACCUACAAAAAUAAGCGCUACUGUUUACUUGACGAUGUAUUGCUGUUUUUAAAGAAGGAAGGAGUCCCUAUAUCUAAGCUACUGUUUUCUGCCUCUCAUAAGCACACUGGAGACUGUAACCAAAACCCCAAACUAGAGCCAUGGCAGUCUGUAAUAUAGUGGUUAAAGAGUUUUACUUCUCUUGAGAAAUGUUGCAGUUUAUUUUUCUUUCUUUUCUACCAUAGUGUUGAACUUCAGCCCUUAAGGAUGUCCAGUUUGCUGCUAAUGUACUGUAGUUUCUAACGAUACUGUAGAAAGAUGCAUGCUCUGAUCGCUUUACCACUAGGCUUUAAUGACUACAAACUGUAAUGAUAACUGUGAUGCUGUUGAUAAACUGCUCCUCUGUUAUUCUGUUGAAAACAAAUGGAUAUGUGGGGCUCAAUUCCAUCAGGUUUGUUUUUCAGUAUCCUAUUAAUUACCCCUACUCAGAAGAUAAAAAUGGCUUUCGUAAUACCAGAAAUAUUUUUUCAAGCUUCCAGUUUCAGAAAAAUCUGCUUGGGGCAUUAACUUCUCAAUACUUAUGGAGAUACUGCAUAGCUAUUUGAAGGAGUUCAGCCCCAAACCUUCCACUGGUAGGGUGUCGGUCUUUCUGUGGUACAAUGUCUCUAGUUAAUUUGUCCGGCUAAAACAGCUUUGCUGAACUCAGACUGACAUCAUAGCCAACUUUCCAAAGGAUGUGGACUGACUAACUCUGUCAUGUUUUGUUCUUAAACUAACCAAUGUUUACGACAAUACCAAUGAGCUUUCUUCUGUACAGAAAUGUGCAUUCCAAAUACCACAAAGGCAGUCUUUUUGUAUAUUGAUUAUUUUACAUUUAAUUUCUCUCGUAUUCUCCUGAUCUUAGUGACUGUAAGAUGUACAUAUUGGGGUCCUCUAUGGUGAAGGGACUCUGUUGUCCUUACUGUAGGUAAAACUAUUGUUUUCAUUUUUUUUCUGGAUAUGUUGUUGCCAUAGUGAUGACCAAAAAGAUACCUGUGAUGUGCACCUGUCCUUAUGUCCUGCUCCAGUGGUUUAGUGUGUCUCUAUACUCUCCCUCCCCCAGUUCUUCCCAAUUGCUGUGUGUUUCUCUUCCUUUCCCUUCCCAUACUCCACUGAGCUAAAUAAAGUCUGCUUUGGUGCAUG